GUGCCCAGUGACCGAGCAGAGGCCAAUCAUAACCUCCUUCGGGGUCUUUUGCAAGGGUCCGGAUAUUUUGCCCGGGGACUGAGUGGCGGGGCUGCGGGGAAAAUGGGUUGAAAAAAUGCCAACACAACCAAGAUCACUGGGUCAAACGUGCAUGUUAACGGCCUCAAAGCUGGGGAUUUUAAGUAUCUGCUCACGACAGCUUCUGAUAUCCACUGCCUUCAUCGUUGCUCAGUGGUGCCAGUCGGCCACUACAACAGCUACAUGUUACCUUCCAAAUGGACAAAUCGCAUACGAUAAUAUACCAUGCUCCGACUCGCUGCCUUCUACUUGCUGUUCAUCCGAUGGCGCUUGCCUUUCGAAUGGCCUCUGCUUCCAUCCAACCAAUAUAUUUGCUCGCAGCAGCUGUACUGAUCAGUCUUGGAACGCCGGUGUCUGUACAAGCUUUUGCAAAAACGUGCUUACUGGAUCCUUUUGCCCGAUUUUGCCUUGCGGGGACGACUUGUUCUGUUGUGGCCUAGGCCAGCCGGCGGACGCAUGCUGUUCUGCUGGCGGUGGAUUCUUUAUCGGCUCAGGGACACUUUCGCUGUCCACCCAGACAGUUACGAGCACUCUUACAAAAGUUGCAGUUGGUGGAGUCUUCACGGCCACGACAACCACAACCUUCUCCACAACAGCCACAUUCUCUUCCAACCAAGGAUGCCCCACAGUAGGAGGUGUGGCUACAACCUGUGCCAAUAACCAGCCCAACAACGCCGGAUCUUCAGCCUCAUGUCCCAACUGCUCAACAAGAGAAGCCGCAAUCGGGGCUGGAAUUGGAAUUCCUCUCAGCGCUGCAUUGCUGUGUUCCCUCAUCCUGCUCUUCUGGCGAGGAAAACGCGAUAAAGAAAAUCAUCCACUUGCGGCGGUUCCUCCUGCCAUGGUUCCUCCUACAACCUCAAAGCCUACGAUGAUCCAGCCAUAUCCAGCGGCACCUCAAUCUGCAACCGUCAGUAAUGUACAUGCUUCUGGUGGCAGCCAGACUCAACAAUACCUCGGCCAACAACGAGAAUACGCUGCAUAUACUCAAGUACGACCUCGGUCCGAUCCUGUUGAUCCUCAAUUUUGGGAGGAACCAAAUCAGAAUCACAACCAGAAUAUUCCUCUGCGUGUAGUAUCGACAGGUUCUGAUCGUGGGAGGUAUGAGGUUGGUGACCAUGUAGGGCGCGGUGAGCCACCUACUUAUCAUCCAAGGACAGACUUGAGUUAGUUUUGGGUUCAGGGUGUGGCAAGACGGAUAUUCGAUGCAAAGUUGGAAAUGAGAGGCGGUUUUCCUCCAGAUGAGAUUUGCUGAGUAUUUUAUCUGGCCAAAGUGCCUUCAAUUUGGUCACCUCUCAAGGAAGGGAAUGGGAUCUAACCAGACUGUGAGAACUUUCCCAGGAAAAUGAAUUGCAUAAGUCAUGAAUUAU